CCGGCCCCUCUCCUAGCAACGGCGGGACGCGUUUGUGCAUCACCGCGCAGGGACUCGCCACCCGAGUCAUGGCAGAGGUGGAGGAAACCCUAAAGAGAAUCCAGAGCCAUAAAGGGGUUAUUGGAACCAUGGUCGUAAAUGCAGAAGGCAUCCCAAUCCGGACCACCCUGGACAACUCCACGACAGUGCAGUACGCAGGGCUUCUCCAUCAGCUGACGAUGAAAGCCAAGAGCACAGUCCGUGACAUCGAUCCCCAGAACGAUCUCACCUUUCUCAGGAUCAGGUCGAAGAAACAUGAAAUCAUGGUAGCUCCAGAUAAGGAGUAUCUCCUGAUAGUCAUCCAGAACCCGUGUGAGUAGACUGGCACCACGCCUGUCCCUUGAUGCCACGCCGAGAACACCUGACUGUGAUUCUUGUGAAGAUGAUACUCCAAGAAAACUCAGAUCUUGCACAUCCUCUUCCAUUUCACACUUACACCCACUAAAUCCCUUCGCUAUUUAAUAAACCAACGCUUAUAUUCUUGUCUCCUUUUCUCUGA